UGUAACUGAGUGGUCUCACAUGGGGCCAUUAUACAAACAGCUUUCUGACUCUCCACAAGUGCCAGUGCUGUAUUGGCACCUUGACUUUCACCUUACUGGAGUGUGCUGAGCUGAAAGUGGUCUGAGCACAGUUAUGUGGUUGCUGUGGUCCUGUUAUCUCAGUUCCCCCACCCCUCCUCCUUCACUCCCAGGUGUGGAGUUUGCUGGCUGGUCCUCAGUUGAUGCUGAGGUCUCAGCCUGUCAUGAUGUACCUGUGGGCAGCUGCCAGCAUUAUCCUCUUGGUUGAUCACUGCUAUGGUGCAAAAUCAGAUGAUGUGGAACUGUAUCAGUCUCAGUGUCCUUCUGAUGAUGAGUAUGUGCAUUAUAGUUGUGUUGCCAGUGAUAAAUGCAGCACUCUCAGAGCACGUUCCAGCAUACAUUUCUGUGAUCGAGGUGAUGAGCGCCUAAUCUGCUGUCCUCUGCCUGCACAAAAAGCGAAUAAAUGUGGUCAGCCAUUAGCAAACAAACCUCCGUCUAGUCGUCUUGUAGCUGCUGUUAUAGGAGGCAUUUCAUUAAGGAGUGCUAUUUUGUCUCCAUGGAUGGUUGCAGUUGGGCAGCGAACUAGGAAUGGGUCAAUUGACUGGUAUUGUGGAGGAGCCCUCAUUCAGGAAGAUAGGGUACUUACAGCAGCACACUGUACUCUUAGAAGGAAACCAGAUGUCGUGCGUGUAGGAGAAUUGGAUUUUGCACGCAGUGACGACAGGGCUGCACCUCAAGAUGUAACCAUAUCAGCUGUGAAGGUACAUCCAUUUUAUCAACCACCAGAGCAUUAUCAUGACAUUGCUGUGCUGCAGCUUGCUAAUCCUGUGGAACCAAACCAGUAUAUCAGUACCAUUUGUCUUCCACAAUUAGGAGACAAUGAUGAUGAAUUAAGUGGAAAGACUGCAAUGCUUUAUGGUUGGGGACUCCUUGGAUUUGGUGGAGAAAGACCAGAUACACUUCAGGAAGCAAGCGUUAUAAUCUUUAACAAUUCAGUGUGUAAUGAACAAUAUUCGCGACCAUCAGUUCCAAAACAGAGAUAUCCUCAGGGAAUUAUUGACUCUCAGUUAUGUGCUGGUCAUGAAGAAGGUGGAAAAGAUGCCUGUCAGGGUGACUCUGGUGGUCCACUUGUCUUACAAAAUGGUGGUGUUUACACAGUGGUCGGAAUUGUCUCCUCUGGAGUUGGAUGUGGAUCCAAGUCAUUUCCUGGAAUUUAUACGAGAGUCUCAUCAUAUGUCACAUGGAUUCAAAAACAACUGUAAAUAUUCAGAUAGAAUAAAGCAAAAAGUCUUUCUUUUA